CAUGAAAGAACAUCACAUAUUAUUGAAAAAAUGAAAUUCAGAUGGGCAUGGAAGGCUUUCAAGAAACUAGAUGGAAUAUUCUGUAUCUACAAGCCAAAAGAGUUGCGAUUUAGUGAUGCUCAGAGGAGAAUAAAACAAAAUUUACUUCGGGAUUUAAAUGCCUUACCAUGUUAUGAGUUUGAAAAGAGUAUACAUGAUAUUGAAAGUAAUAAAAGAAGAACAGUUGAUGAAAUUACCAGUAACUUACCUAUUACAAGAGAUGUACCAGAUGUUAUUGAUGUUUCAGAGAAUAGAUUAGUGCUUGGAAGGCGAUAUAUAGAAUCUGAUAUAGAACUUUUUCCUGUAGCACCAUUGCAAAAACAUUCAUCAGGCGUAAUUGUAAUGGGUGUUGGUAGAGCUGUAGGAAUGUUACCAACUAUUGCCAGAGCAAAGUAUAUGAGGGUGUAUCAUAUACGAGGUCGAUUUGGUUGGGCUACAGAUAAUUUUAGUCCUAAAGGAAAGAUUAUUGAAAGAACUUCUUUCAGUCACAUAACGAAACCUAAAUUAGAUAAGAUCUGUGCAGUAGUUCAAUCUAAUCAUAUGAAACUGAUGUUUAAAUAUGCUGGUGUAAAAGAUGGAAGUCAAGAAGCGUAUGAAUUAGCUAGUAAAGGACUUAUCAGACCAGAAAGUAAAGAUACACCACCUGUGAUAUAUGGUGUACAUUGUAUAGAAUAUAACUUACCAGAUUUUACAUUAGAAAUUCACAGUAUCAAUGAAAGAAAGGAAUAUUUUAUGAAUCUGAUACAUGAACUGGGACUACAACUAAAAUCAACUGCUGUUUGUACACAAGUACGACGAGUAAGAUUUGGACAUUUUACCUUGGAUCAUGCUUUAGUUCAAGAUCAAUGGAACUUAUAUGAAAUUAUUAACAACUUUGACAAAUGUCAUCCAGAACUUCAUCCAGAUAAAUUAUUAAUAGGUUCUAAGAUAGACCAAGCCAAAUCACAUCAUUUUCAAAUUGAGGAUGGUGAAAAUAAAAACUAUUUAUUGGAGGACAGUUAGUGUGAAGUUGACAUCUCAACUUAGUUAAACCUGUAUCCUACCCAAGCUGUGUUAUGAUCUAGUAGAGAACUGUGAUAUAUGGACAUUGUCAGGGGCUAUCAAAGUUCGACUGUUUAAGUUUAGACAAUUACCAAAAAAGAAGUGUAGAAGGAUGUAGAGAUGAAUAAACAUGUAUAUGAAAAUUUAUUUUGAUACUUAAACAAUUGUUUUUUAUUUAGCACCUCAUAUUACAAAAUGUAUUGUAUUGUGACAUGAUUAGUUUCAUCUUGAAUAUUAUGUCACAAAUGAGACAAUAUGGCCAAUUUAAGAAUUAAGAAAAUCUAAAUGAAAUAUAAAUUGAAAUACUAGGAAUUAAUUGUUGACCAUAUUUCAGUCAUAUUAAAUCUGAAUAUAGCUUUGUGACAUGUAGUUCUUGACAAUAAUACAGGGUAAUAUUUAGUGAAGAGUCUCACUUAAGCCAUAAGGUAAUGUGACUGGAAUAAAAUAAAGAUUUCAUAC